CCGAGAAGAAACAAAACAACGGCCGAAACCACAGGCUGGCGUAAAAAGCUAACGUAUCAGACUGUCGUUUUUCGCCGAGCAGGGAUUCUCCAAGCCUUAAGACGUUGUCACCGUUGCAUCGCGGAGAUUUUUGAGGAAAAGAAGAGGGCGGAGCGAAACAAAAAGGAAGAAAAAAAAGAAGUAACAACGUGUUAGGGAAAAAAAAAAGGAGCGAGCGACAGACAGAAAGACCGCAACAUCCUUACUAACAAGCAAUGGCCAUCAGCGCCGACAGCCCCAAUCCCCCUCCAGCCGCCAGCAGCGGUGCCGGUAAGCCGCCCGUCCUCAUCAUUGGCGCAGGAGUCAGCGGCCUGCUGCUCGCACAGCAUCUCAAACGUGAAGGCAUACCCUUCCGUGUCUUUGAGCGAGAUGGCGACUUGGCGACCCGCGGCGCCGGCUGGGGUCUGACGUUGCACUGGUCGCUGGCGGCGUUGCAGAGCCUGUUGCCGGCAGGCCUGGCCGAGCGCAUCUGCGACGAGUCCAGCGUUGACCGUUGGGCGGACCGGCGAGGCGAGGCGUCGAGGUUUCCCUUCUUCAAUCUGGAGAGUGGAGAGCUGAAGACGCAGACGCCCGGAGCGGUGAAGAGUGCGCGGAUUAGGGUCACACGAGAGAGGCUGCGGAGGUUAUUGGCGGAGGGGAUUGAUAUUGAGUGGGGGAAGUCUCUCCACGACUUCACAACCAACGACAACGGCACCGUCAACGCCAUCUUUGACGACGGCGCAUCAUGCACCGGUACGCUCUUAGUGGCGUGUGAUGGAGGCCAGUCCCGUGUGCGGCGAGUCUUGUUCCCCGACGAGACCAAGUUCAUGAUGCAGCUGCCUGUGCGGACGAUGGGCGUUAAGAUCUCGUUAACGGCGGAGCAGAUCGAGCCAAUCCGCAAACUGGAUCUGUUUUUCCUUCAGGGCGGAUCGCCACUGAACAAUUCGUUCAUGUACAUCAGCGUCCUUGACGUCCCCGGAAACCAGAUCGACAGCAACCCAGAUGUCUUCCACUGCCAGAUGCAUCUCUCAUGGCCCUAUCACUCGAGCAGUGAAGCCUUAAUCGAUGUGCCGGCCACCAACCAAGGGCGGUACGAGCUGAUGGUCUCCUUCGCAAAGACUUGGGCCGAGCCUUUCCACUCCUUCGUGCUCAACAACGUACGUCCAGACACUCCCAUUAAGCGGCUGGAUGUGCUGGACUGGGCGCCGCCUGUUGGACUGCGAUCAAAGGGUCCAGUAGUGCUGAUGGGCGAUUCAUUCCAUCUAAUGUCUAUGUACCGCGGCGAGGGCGCAAAUCACGCCAUUAUCGAUGUCCGCGACUUUGCGACACACGUCGUUCCAAUACUGUCGCUACAACACACCCAGCAGGGCGUAGCGCAGGCCCAAGAUUCCGCGCAGGCUCUGCGCCAGGCGCUAGAUAGCUAUGAAGACGCCGUCGUCUCUCGUUCACGGCCAGGGGUUUUGGCCUCGCGCAGGGCGUGUUUAGACGCGCACGCUUAUUCUAGGCUGUUUGGAGAGGGAGCCUCAGCGGGCGGCGUCAGCCCAUUGCUGAGCAAGCGCGAGAUGGCGCUCCAGUUCGACGAUGAGUCGAUGGAGCUGAUGGGCCAGUAGGCAAUACAUUACUACAUACAAGCCCUUGAGUUCCCCUGAUUAAUGGAGCACGGUUUGUAUAUUAGUUCAAGUUGAUCGUUCGAGCGAAUAAUAGGUUACAA